GAUAAGAUCAAACAGACUUUUAACAUAUUUCGUAAAAGAGAAUGCCCAUAAGUCUCGUGGUUAUUCUGGCAAAGGGAAUUCUGCACUGAUCUACAGCAAAAUUAAAUUUGCUAAAAGCUCGCUUUGGUUGAGAGUAAUUCCUUAACCGCACAUCGGAGGAUAAAUGAUGAUGACCGAAACUUGUCAAAUAUGGGGAACAUUUCUGAUAACAAUAUCUCUGUUAGGCCUAGGGCUGGGUAACGAUAUCUGCAAGCAAACCGGAGAUCUAUUGCAAUGUGACAAUUGCACAAAGUGUGAAAAGGAGUACAACACAACAAGAAGUGAACAGAUUUGCAACUAUACAUGCAAAAUGGAUGUGGGAAAUGAAACGAAGGAUAACGGACAAACUUGCAAGCCUACAGAAAGAUGUGGUAUGGAAUGUGGCAGAGACAGUUGUAAAAAACAGAAAUGCGGAGAUCAAGUUGAUGAAUGCAAAAUGUACUUGGGAUGUAGCAGAGGUGAUUUUAAACAAACUUGCAACGCUACAAGUAAAUGUAACAUGACAUGUAGCGGAGACGGGUGUAAAGAACAGAAAUGCGAAGAUCAAGUGGGUGAAUGCGCGAUGCACUGUAUUGCUAGUUCUUGUAAACAGGAGUGCAAUGCUAGAACAUGUCUCAUGACUAGAACUUGGCCAAUCUGUUCUAAAGAUAGGUUGAUAUGCUCUGGGAAUGGUAAAUGUUGUGGAAGUCUCAUGCCACCUUCUGACACUUGGACCGUCGAGAAUAGUAUUACUUCUACUGAAUGUGAUGGAGAGAGCAGUAGCAGGUGCUCGUGCAGCAAAUAUUUUGGUGACUACUGCACCAUUUCAGAUCUAUACUCUUCGAAUGCCGUUUUAUCUAUCACAGCUACAACAACUCAUGUUUUCGCAACUCAAAUUUCAACGAUUCAGGGAAUAGAACAUUCCCAAACUUACACUCUGUUACAAUCAUUGUCACAAUCACCGUUAUCAUUAAUCUCACCAUCACCAUCACCGUUACCAUCAUCAUCCUCAUCAUCAGCAGGAGUAUCACCAGCCGUAGCAUCAGCUUCUUUAUCAGCACCAUCAUCUUCAUCACCAUCUUCGUCAUCAGCAUCAUUAUCACCUGCUGAGGCAUUAGCAUCUUCAUUAUUCGCACCAUCUUCAUUAACAGUAUCAUUAACACCAGCUGAAACAUCAGUAUCUUCAUCAGAACCAUCGCCAUUAUCAUCAUCAUUAUCACUAUCAUUAUCUUCAUCAUCGAGAGCAGUACUAUUAUCAUCCUCGCCAUCACCAUCGUCGUCUUUGUCAUCGUCAUGGCCAUCACCUACUGAGACAUCUCGGUUAUCGACAACAGAAGCACUGAAGAAAGUGGCAAAUGAUUCAGUUGCCAAACUUACAGGUAUUGAAAUCAGAAGAAACACUUCUUUGAAGGAGGCUGUGCGUGUGUUUGAAGACUUCACCGAUCAGUAUCUAAACAUCACAAAAUCCCUUAAAGGAAAAAUUGGUAUAAUGGAAGAUAAAAUAAAGAGAAAAUCAAUAUUUGCGGUGGCAAGCGCCUUCGAAAAUUUUGUCCUUAAAUAUGGUAAAUACUAUCUGGAUGGGACGAAGCCUUCCACGAACAUCACGAGCGAAAAUAUGGUUUUGGUCAUUCAAAAAGGCUACCGGGAAAGUUGCAGUGAUCUCUUCUUCAAUGAAGAAGAAUGGCAAGCCAGCAUUAAUAUUUCCUCUGCAAAUUUUGCUCAGAAUGGGUCAGUGAUUGCAGUGUGCGUAUACAAGGGUCUCCAUGAUUUACUACUGCGAAAUAAAUCCAUCGGAGAUGAAAAACACUACUCAAGGUAUUUGAACUCCAGGAUAAUGAGCGUAGCUUUGGAUCCUAAACUGGAAAAAUUACAACAGGAUGUCAUUUUAAAGUUCAGAAACCUGAAGGAUGUCGAUGAAAAAGAGCGCUGCAUGUUUUGGAGUGGCUUCAACAAGAGUCCAGACGGAUUCUCUGGGGACGGUUGUCGUGUAGUUCAAACGGAGAGCAACUCAGAAGAAACAGUUUGUAGCUGCAAUCAUCUGACUCACUUUGCUGUCUUAGUGGACUUCAGCAGUGGCACGGAGCUCUCCACGAAGGAUAUUACUAUCCUAGAGAUCAUCACUUAUGUAGGAUUAAGCCUCUCCAUCCUCGGAAUGCUUUUGACAAUAGCUCUGUAUUUUUCUCUCACGUAAGUACUGUUUCUGAAAAAUGAGCGUUGCAUAUUCGCUCAUGACUUAGUGAAAGUGUGACACGAAACAAGCCAUUCUUUGCAAAGAAUAGAUCAAGGCACACUUUGCUACUGCGACUGAAUUGCCUUGGUGGUAAUUGGAUAUCCAAUACGUGAGCGUACAAGCUGUUAGAGAUUGUUCGGAUUCGUGUGGGUUCAGGCACUUUAAAUCACUACGGAAAGCUUAAAAAACAGACUUUAUUGAAUAAAUCGUUGACCAUGUAUUUUCCAAUGUGCUUGCAAUUAAGUACACUCCGUACAUGAAAUAAUUAAUGAUUCAUUCUACAUCGCACGUUGUCUUUUUUGUGUCUGGUCAUUUUCUUCCGGCCCUCGACUUAUACU